AUGACAUUAAUCACCAAUGAAAAGAAUGAGAUGAUUCCAACCAGGAUAGUGACAGGGUGGCGAAUAUGCAUGGAUUACAGGAAAUUGAAUGAGGCCACUAGAAAGGAUCACUACCGUGUUCCUUUUAUUGAUCAGAUGUUGGACAGGUUAGCUAGGCAAAAAUAUCAUUAUUUCCUGGAUGGAUAUUCAGGAUACAACCAAAUCGUGAUUGCACCAGAGGACCAGGAGAAAACUACAUUCACUUGUCUGUAUGGGACAUAUGCUUUCAAGAUAAUGUCGUUUGGACUAUGCAAUUCCCUAGCCACCUUCCAAAGAUGCAUGAUAGCCAUUUUUUAUGAUAUGGUUGAAGAUUUUGUGGAGAUAUUCAUAGAUGACUUCUCAGUCUUUGGGGACUCUUUUGACAGGUGUCUGGAGAAUUUAGACAAGGUGCUGGCUAGACUAAUCUCGUCCUAA